AUGUCUCCUCCCGCUGCUAUCUUCGAGCCCACCGUGGUCCCCACUGGCAUCAAGUCCAACGUGGUGGUCCCGGAGGCCGCUCCCGUCACUGGCUCGUCCCAGACCCAGCUGCUUGACCACUUCGCUGGCAAGUGGGACAACUUCAAGUUCGCUCCCAUCCGUGAGAGUCAGGUUUCGCGUGCUAUGACCAGACGCUACUUCCAGGAUCUGGACAAGUACGCUGAGAGUGACAUUGUCAUUGUGGGUGCUGGUUCCUGCGGUUUGAGCACCGCGUAUGUUCUGGCCAAGGCUCGCCCGGACCUGAAGAUUGCCAUUAUCGAGGCCAAUGUUUCCCCUGGUGGUGGUGCCUGGCUUGGUGGCCAGCUCUUCUCCGCCAUGGUCAUGCGUCGUCCCGCCGAGGUCUUCCUGAACGAGCUGGGCGUUCCCUACGAGGAAGACCUAGCGAACCCCAACUACGUUGUGGUCAAGCACGCCUCGCUGUUCACCUCGACCCUGUUGUCCAAGGUUCUCUCCUUCCCCAACGUCAAGCUCUUCAACGCCACCAGCGUGGAGGACCUGAUCACUCGCCCUGCUGCCAGCGGCGACCCCAAGGAAGUCCGCAUUGCCGGUGUGGUCACGAACUGGACCCUGGUCACACUCCACCACGACGACCACUCCUGCAUGGACCCUAACACCAUCAACGCUCCCGUGAUCAUCAGUACCACCGGCCACGACGGUCCUUUCGGUGCCUUCUCGGCCAAGAGACUCGUCUCCAUGAACAGCGUCGACAAGCUGGGCGGUAUGCGCGGCUUGGACAUGAACUCGGCCGAGGACGCCAUCGUCAAGAACACCCGUGAGGUCACCAAGGGUUUGAUCAUCGGUGGUAUGGAGCUGUCGGAGAUCGAUGGCUUCAACCGCAUGGGUCCUACUUUCGGUGCUAUGGUCCUGAGCGGUGUCAAGGCUGCCGAGGAGGCGCUGCAGAUCUUUGACGAGCGUAAGCGCGAGUGCGCUGAGUAA